CACACCCGCUUAUCGCUGCAGGUGGUGCGCCUCGUCCAGGAGCGCCCACAUCUGUUUUGAAGGAGAGCUGAUUGCUGAAGGUGGCCGCAACGAAAAAAAAAAAGCUGCCUUUUGGUGUUUCCAACCUUGUGGAUAAAGACAGAGGAAGAGACACGCAUCUUGACUGGGAAUUUGUUUUUUGUUGUUUUCCAACUCCUCAAAAAAAACAAAAAUCCGGAGAAUAACAGCGGGAAGACUGCAGCGAAACAGUUCACGGGGUGUGCUGGAGCUUAUCCCAGCAGAACUUAGGGCAGUAGGCGGGGUACAACAUGGACAAGUCGCCACCUCAUCGCAGUGCCAACACAGAUAGGACAACAUUCACACUCUAAGGGUGUAACGAUCACCACCCUCCCCAUGGGACAUUCCUAAAUUGUUGUGCUCCAGAGGAAGACAGGGUGCCGACUGACAUCAUGAGUGUUUCCUCCGCUUGCUUCAAACAACAUCCCAGCUAAAACAAAUUUGGCUGGUCGUUGUCUUACCUGAGAAAAUACCCUGAAACGGGAUUCCAGAGAAAAAGCUCCAAUAUUCUGGGUCCUGGAGAAACCAAAAGGCUUUUAAGGAAAUCACUAUACCCUCCCCUUUUCUGUUAUACUCCUUAUUUGUAUUCCAUUCCUCUAAGUCCUAGAGGCACCAACUGAUGGAGAGACGGAGGAGAGUUAGGAUGAAGACAAAUAAUUAAAUCAGGGAGAUCUGGAAAAAGAACUGCUGAGUCAUUAGGAAAAUUGUGGGGGAAAAGGAUCCCUGCUGGGCUUUUUUUCUUGGGUAGCUACAAGGGAGAAUAAUUGUUGCUCACAAAUCUAUCCACGGCAGCAGAAAAAAGGUCCUACCUCGGCAUCAUUUAGAGCCUCAGAACGUCAAUCAUGAUAAGCGGUGCACGAUUCCUGUGUUGGCCCUUGUUGCCACUGGCUUUCUUCAGCCUGUUCUCUAUAGUGAGGAUGCUGGAGUUUGGGGGGGCGCCUGGUCAGUGGGCACGUUACGGCCGCUGGGAGGCCGGCUCGGUGGGCGAGUUGAGCUUCAGUUUAAAGACCAACAUCAGCAAAGCUUUAGUACUCUACCUGGACGAUGGUGGCAACUGUGACUUCCUGGAGCUGCUGAUCGCUGGGGGGCGCCUCCAGCUGCGCUUCACAAUCCAUUGCGCUGAGCCGGCUAUUCUACACAUGGAGACACCGAUCAGCGACGACCGCUGGCACAUGGUCUUGCUCACCCGCAACUACCGGGAGACCCUCUUAAUGGUGGACGGUGAGACCAAAGUGGCUGAAGUCAAGUCCAAGCGGAAGGAAAUGGCCGUGGUCAGCGACAUGUUUGUGGGUGGGAUACCGCCUGAUGUGCGCCUCUCCGCGCUCACCUCAAGUACGGUCAAGUACGAGCCCCUCUUCCGGGGAUUGAUCUCCAACCUGAAGGUGGGAGAGACGCCGCCCACCCUGCUGAACAGCCAGGGCAUACAGAGCGACUUGGAGUACUUGUGUACCAAACAGAACCCAUGCUUCAAUGGUGGCUUUUGCUCCAUCCAAUAUGGAGAGGUUCACUGUGACUGCACCCAUACUCGCUUCAAGGGGAAGUACUGCAAAGAAGCUGAGGAGUACGUCCUAGAAGGUCUGGCGCACCUGACGUUAAACGACCAAGGUGACUCAUCUCAGAGCGGAAAGGAGGAGUCCGUAGCGACCUUCAAGGGCAACGAGUUCUUCUGCUACGACCUGUCACUGACGCCCAUCCAGAGCAGCACAGACGAGAUCACACUGUCCUUCCGCACGCUGCAGCGCAAUGGCCUCAUGCUGCACACGGGCAAGUCGGCCGACUAUGUCAAUCUGUCGCUGAAGAGCGGCGCCGUCUGGCUGGUCAUCAAUCUGGGCUCCGGGGCCUUCGAGGCCCUGGUGGAGCCGGUUAACGGAAAGUUCAACGACAACGCUUGGCACGAUGUCCGCGUCACCCGCAACCUGCGCCAGCACGCAGGCAUCGGACACGCUAUGGUAACUAUCUCAGUCGACGGCAUCCUGACCACCACGGGCUACACACAGGAGGAUUACACCAUGCUGGGUUCUGACGACUUCUUUUACAUCGGAGGAAGCCCCAACACCGCCGACCUGCCGGGGUCACCAGUUAGCAACAACUUCAUGGGCUGCCUCAAAGAUGUUGUGUACAAAAACAACGAUUUCAAGCUGGAGCUCUCCCGUCUGGCCAUAGAACGUGACCCCAAAAUCUCCCUAAACGGCGACCUGGUGUUCCGGUGCGAGGAUGUGGCCGCCCUGGACCCGGUCACCUUUGAGACCCCCGAGGCUUUCAUUUCGCUUCCCAAGUGGAACACUAAGAAAACAGGAUCCAUCUCCUUCGACUUCCGCACCUCAGAGCCCAGCGGCCUCCUGCUCUUCAGCCACGGGCGCCCUCAGAGUCCCAAGGAGCAGAAGCCCGGGAGGGAGCUGAAGACGGAUUACUUCGCCGUGGAGCUUCUGGAUGGCUUCUUGUAUUUGCUGAUUGAUAUGGGCUCUGGUAAAACAAAACUGAAAGCCAGCCACAAAAAGGUCAAUGAUGGAGAAUGGUGUCAUGUGGACUUCCAGAGAGAAGGAAGGAAAGGCUCCAUCUCAGUCAACAGCCGCAGCAUGCCCUUCAGCUCACCAGAGGGGAGCGAGAUCCUCGACCUGGACAGCGACAUGUACCUAGGCGGCCUGCCCGAGUCCAAAACGGAGCUCAUUCUUCCGCCCGAGGUGUGGACAGCGUUGCUCAACUAUGGCUACGUGGGCUGCGUCCGUGACCUCUUCAUCGACGGCAAGAGCCGAGAUGUGCGGCGCCUGGCCGAGAUCCAAAGUGCCAUUGGUGUCAGCAGCUUCUGCACCCGUGAGCUGCAGAAGCGCUGCAGCAGCGCCCCCUGUGGCAAUGGUGGGCUGUGCAAAGAGGGCUGGAACCGUUACAUAUGCGAUUGCACAGGCACCGGAUAUCUUGGCACCAACUGCGAGAUAGAGGCGACAGUGCUGAGUUACGACGGCAGCAUGUACCUAAAGAUCAUCAUGCCCGUCACCAUGCACACGGAGGCAGAGGACGUGGCGUUGCGCUUCAUGUCGCAGCGCGCCUACGGCCUCCUAAUGGCCACGACCUCCAAGGAGUCGGCGGAUACGCUGCGACUGGAGCUGGAUGGGGGCCGUGUCAAGCUCACCGUCAACCUAGAUUGUAUCAGGAUAGACUGUAGCCUCAGCAAAGGACCCGAGACGCUGUUUGCGGGUCAGAAACUGAACGAUAACGAGUGGCACACUGUGAAGGUGGUGCGAAGAGGCAAGAGCCUGCAGCUCUCUGUGGACAAUGUCACAGUGGAAGGCCAGAUGACUGGUGCCCACACACGUCUGGAGUUCCACAACAUCGAGACGGGCAUUAUGACAGAGCGCCGCUUCAUCUCCGUGGUGCCCUCCAACUUCAUUGGUCACCUGCAGGGCCUAGCCUUUAACGGGGUGCCUUACCUAGACCAGUGCAAAAACGGCGACAUCUCCUACUGCGAGCUCAACGCCCGCUUUGGCAUGCGUCACAUCAUCGCUGACCCAGUGACUUUCCGGACCAAAGGCAGCUACCUGGCGCUCGCCACGCUACAGGCGUACGCCUCAAUGCACCUCUUUUUCCAGUUUAAGACCACCACACCCGAUGGCCUGAUGCUCUUUAACUCUGGAGAUGGGAGCGACUUCAUUGUUGUGGAACUUGUAAAAGGGUACGUCCACUAUGUCUUUGACCUUGGCAAUGGCCCGUCGCUGAUGAAGGGAAACUCAGACAAGCAGCUCAAUGACAACCAGUGGCACAACGUGGUGGUGUCCCGGGACGCUAAUAACGUACAUAUGCUCAAGAUCGACUCGCACACCGUGACUCAGCACUCCAAUGGAGCACGGAACUUGGACCUCAAAGGAGAGCUGUACAUCGGUGGUGUGAUAAAAAACAUGUACAGUAAUUUGCCCAAGCUCAUUGCGUCCCGAGACGGGUACCAGGGCUGUCUGGCUUCUGUGGACCUGAACGGGAGACUCCCUGACCUGAUUGCAGAUGCCCUCCACAGGGUGGGCCAGGUGGACCGAGGAUGCGACGGACCGAGUACCACCUGUACGGAGGACUCCUGCUACCAUCAAGGGGUAUGUCUCCAACAAUGGGAGGGCUUCACCUGUGACUGCACCAUGACGUCCUACGGAGGCUCAUUUUGCAAUGACCCUGGGACAACGUACAUUUUUGGCAGAGGUGGAGCCCUAAUCACGUACACGUGGCCACCCAACGACCGGCCGAGCACGCGGGCAGAUCGGCUGGCGGUGGGCUUCAGCACGCAGCUGAAGGAGGCCAUCUUGGUUAGGGUGGAGAGCGCUAAAGGACUGGGCGACUACCUGGAGCUGCACAUAGAAAGGGGAAGGAUCGGCGUCAUCUUCAACGUGGGAACGGACGACAUCACCAUCGAGGAGAGCGCGGUGAUGGUGAGCGACGGCAAAUACCACGUGGUGCGCUUCACGCGUAGCGGCGGCAACGCCACGCUUCAGGUGGACAACCAGCCCGUCAUCGAGCGGUUCCCCUCAGGGAACUUUGAUAAUGAGCGCCUGGCUAUUGCUAGACAAAGAAUCCCAUAUCGCCUCGGUCGGGUAGUUGACGAGUGGCUACUCGACAAAGGCCGCCAGCUGACCAUCUUCAACAGCCAGGCGUUCAUCAAAAUCGGGGGUGGGGAGAAGGGGCGCCACUUCCAGGGCCAGGUCUCGGGCUUAUACUACAACGGCCUGCAGGUGCUCAAGCUGGCCGCCGAGGGCGACCCAAACGUGCAGACGCAGGGAAACCUGCGGCUGGUGGGCGACGUGCCCUCGGUGCUCGCUACAGACACCACCUCCACCACCCCGCUGGCUGACAUGUCCACCACCAUCAUGGAGACCACCACCACCAUGGCCACCACCACCACCCGCAAACAGCGCUCGCCCACCAUCAGGGACAGUGUCACGCAGAAUGCGGAUGAAAUUUUGGUAGCUUCUGCCGAAUGUCCGAGUGAUGAUGAAGACUUGGAGGAGUGCGAGCCUGGAAAUGGAGGUGAAAUAGUGUUGCCCAUUAUUACGGUGGACUCGCUAGACCCACCAUCCAUCGCCACCCGCUACCCAGUAAUGCCCCCACCUCCCACCACUUACCGCCCCUUCCUCACCUUACUCGAAACCACCAAAGAGUCCCCCCCCUUGCCCAACAUCCGCCACCCUUGCCCCUUGGACCAGGAAGACUGCGAGGAAAACAUCGAGGUGUCGACGUAUGGCUCGGGAGAGAUGACCGAGUCCGACGACGAGGACUAUUAUAAAAACUCCCCCCUGGUCACAGAUAGGACCGUCUUGCCUCCUCCCCCGGCCGUCGAGGGCCAAAGCCACUUCCCACACCUCCCUUUCGACCACCGUCCGCCCAUCUCCUCCACCCCCACAGCCAACCCCGACCGGCUCAGCCCUCGCGUCAAGGGUGCGGCCGGCGGCAGCAGCGGUAGCAACAACAUCCCGGCGGGGAAAAUGAACACUCGGGAUCAAGUGCUGCUGCCGCCGUCCAACCCCUCGUUAGACCCCGGUCACCGCAGAGUCCCCGGAAUAACCUACCCUCCUAAUUUCCCCCACGUUCCCACUCCAGACCCCACGUCUCCCGAGAGAGGCCUGCCGGGCGCCGUGGAGGUGCAGCAGUCGAGCAGCACCACGGGGAUGGUGGUGGGGAUCGUAGCGGCCGCCGCCCUCUGUAUCCUCAUCCUGCUCUACGCCAUGUACAAGUACCGCAACCGCGACGAAGGCUCCUACCAGGUGGACCAAAGCCGUAACUACAUCAGCAACUCGGCCACACAGAGCAACGGGACUCUGGUGAAGGAGAAGCCGCCGAGCGCCGCCAAGACGGCCCCCAAGAACAAGAAGAACAAAGACAAGGAGUACUACGUCUGAGGGGGGUGCGCCGCCUUGACACACGAAGGCAGGCCGCAUUUAAGAGAGAGAGAGAGCGAAAGGGAAGGAGGCGGGGAAACGGCGGACAUUUGUACAGCCGAUCCUAAGCUCACGAGAGGCAGGCGGACUUGUUUAGUCCUCGCUUCUCAACACCUCAUCAAGCAAAUCGUGACCUGCUGAUCGGGUUGUUUGAUAUCUCCAGUACUGUACGCAAGCACCCUCAGUAUUUGCGCCAUCCAUCAGAAAACACCAACCAGUAUCCAACGCUGCCAUCUUAUAGAGGCGCCAUCGUCACUUGUCCCUUUCUCUCUCUCCGGCUCUCUCUCGCUUGCUCGCUCGCCACGUCUGCGGUGUUCAGCAACUGAUGAACUCUGCCGUGUUUCCAGCAUGUAGUAUUCAUCGACAACAAAAACACAAACUUUCUUUUUUUUCCGUGGGAUUCCGAGACACUUAAAAAAAAAAAAAAAAAAAAAAAACAACGUAGCAAUUUACAGUAUGUGAGAUACCACCACCGACCGCUACAGUUUAGCAGAUUCUGACUCGUACCUUCAGGUGUCGAGCCCAAACCCUCCUCAUGUUGUUUCUGGUGCUCAGAAGUGCAGAGAAACUUUCCUGCAGCGACAAUUAACCAGAAAAAAACUCCCACCAACCAGAUGAACUCUGUUCUUUAUGACCAGAAAUAUAUGUAUAAAAACACAGAAACCUACAUUGUCGGGAAAAUGGAGAGUUCGCCAACGCAGUGUAGCUAAGACUGACUUUUUCCACAACAGAACCGUUGGAAUAAGUGUUGCUGCAGGGCUGAGAGAUGAGAGACUUUUAACGGUAGUUCUUCUAGCAGGAGCUCCACUGGAAGGGCCUCCCUGGAGCCCGGCUGCAGGACCUGUGGCAGCCACACACACACACAGACGGAUACAGUAUAUACACAGGAAGACGGAAAGAGCGCUAAUGGUCCAAUUUUCUCGGCUCUAUUAAAAGAAAAUAAACUGUACUAUGAUAAGAAAAAAAAUGCCGAAAAAGUUUGUGAAAUGUCUAAAUAUUUGCCAUCACAACGAGAAAUGUGUCCCCAGAACACCCCAGCCCUGUCAGUUUGUUGUCGUUUGUUUUUAUUUUGGUAAAUUGGCUGUUAUAUUCAUCAUUUCAAUAUGUUUACUUUUCCUCUGUACCUUCAUCCAUACUGUUAUUUUUUAUUCCUGGUUUUAUAGCAAGGGUGUCCAGACUUUUUCCAGCAAAGGCCGCGUAAAAAAAAAAAAAAGUUAAAUACUUGAUACAUUUUGUGCUAAAAGCAAUCCAAUUUAGGUCAACAUAUACUAAACUGAACAAAACAGCUCCACGUCAGCUUUGGGUUAUAGUUAAAUCAAAUAUUUUUUAUGUUUAUUUCAUUAGUAAUGAUUUUCUGAGUACCAACAAAAAUUGAGCUGCGUCUUUUUGGACUUUGGACACCCUUGUUUUAUUCUGUGUGUAUGGUGACAGAGGUGCUGAUGCCAUCACUGCGGCCACACGUAUGUGUUUUUUGUUCCUCAUUUUACACCACCCUUCCAUACACUUCCCAAUAUCCCCCUGUUCUUUCUAAAUGUUACUGUAAAGUGUUCCAGUGAGAUGACUCUAAAUAUGUGUACAUUAACAGAGGGAAUACACUUGGUUAUAUACUUCUUA